AUCCAUGAAGGCACAUGUUCUCCGGAUUCUUGGCUAUAUGAAGCACGAUUCCACUCCACAGCUUCCCUUUUGAAAGAAGCAUGCCCCUUAUGCGACACAUCCCUAUGCACCCCUAUACCAUCGUUCGGUCAAAGGAAAAUCAAGGCGCCGAAUCACGACACGAAGCACGACAGCUAGCAGCGACUCAGAGUCCAAGAAGAGACGUUUAAACCACAUACAGAUUUCUAUAUGGUCGGCCUGUGGAAACCAGCUGCUCCUGCACCAGGUGAGCAAGUCAAGUUUUGCUCUCUCCCUUCAAAUCGCUGGUGGACCAACCCUAUUGCGUUUGACGCGCCAAACGUGGAGUGCUCGAACCAAAAGCACAACACUCAUGUCGCAUCACAUGUCAAGCAUCCAUGUCACGCUCGCAUGGUUGAGGAAUGCCGUACCUGCAGUACUGAAGUGGUCAAGCAGCCAGUCCGAUUCACUGAAAGAGUGAUUACAGUGUGUAUAGACAAAUUCAUCUUGAGAACACAAUUAGUCCUUCUGUUGUCCUCUGAGUACUUUCGCUUUGUCCUUUUCUCGGCGAAACGACUUUUACAUUCCGCUCCGGUGAGAAUAGUUCCUGGUCACGUCGAAGUGGGGAAUUUCCUGCAAGGCAGGAGCGCUGUGAGCAAACGAUCAAGAGUCGCGCUUUCUCAGCAAGGCUGUCGUUGCGGCCACAGCACAAAGAAGCGUUUGGCAGUCGCGACUAAGCCAGCAUCCAGUCACAUCGUCCCAGACCCAAUUACCAGCGCCGGACAGAAUCAUCUACAAGAUACGAUUACCGAUCGGUGUACUUGGAGGGCAAGAUAGAUUUGUUUGCUGCUCUCAAUGCUGGAAGACUCUGGCAGCUACGGAUAAUCGUGACUUCGCGUUGACUGCAUAUUUCAAGGCCAUCACAAAGGUCAUUUGCUGGUCAGCGAGAGGAGCAAGGGCUACUUCAGUCUAAAAUAGUACGCAUUGGCCAUAGUGGCUUCAUUCCCGACAUGCCCUCUUCCUAGCCAAGAUGGACUUCACGAGCUUUAAAUCUCUCACGGAGAAUCUCCAGCAAUGAUCAUCUGUCUGAAAGCACAGCACAAUUCAAAUUAAGGGCACUGUGCUUGAGAGCAGUUUCACCGAGUUCCUCCAUACAGCACC